AUGUCCACUCCAUCCGAAUCCACUCCACCCGAAAUCCCAUCUAUCAAACCGGGCGAACUCGAUCAGGAUGAGGUCUGGUGGCGAGACCAUCAGGUCUGGUUACAAGAACGAGGUUAUUUGCUCCGGCCUCGCUAUAGCCCUGACUGGGUGCCAUCUUGGUUGGCUGGGAAGGGCAAAUACUACGAUUAUGAGGACGGCCAACGUCUUCCGCAUGGGCAGCUCAUCGACGCUAUGCGGGUCGCAGAUGGUGCUACGGUCGUCUUAAAGCAGGUCCUGCGCACAGAGCAUCCCUAUGAAGUGGCAAUUACUGGGUUUCUUACUUCGGAGUCUCUGAAGUCGAAUCCGAAGAAUCACUGCGUUCCCAUCCAUGAGGUACUACAAGUCCCCGAGGAUGGCAAUAUUCAGAUAUUGGUGAUGCCUCUACUCCGCAAAUUUUAUGACCCGCGCUUUCUGACGGUUGGAGAAGCUGUGGAGUUUUGUCGGCAAGCGUUUGAGGGUCUACAGUUCAUUCAUGAGCACCAUGUCGCCCAUAGGGACAUCUCGGAUCUCAACAUCAUGAUGGAUCCCCGACCACUGUUCCCUCAACUUUUCCAUUUUGCCCGCCCGUCAGAGACUCAAGACAUGAGAGGGACUGCGAGGUAUUAUACUCGCACCCGGUAUCCUGUGAAGUACUAUUUUAUCGACUUUGGCCUCUCUCGGAAGUUCGACCCUGCGGCCGGACCACCGCGUUCGCGACCCAUCUGGGGUGGAGACCGUUCAGUCCCUGAGUUCCACAGGUCGCUCGGACCAUGUGACCCAUUCCCGACGGACAUCUACUACAUAGGAAACGUCGUCCGUACUGUGCUUCUACAGGUGCGAUCGUUCUCUUUGGACUCGAACUGGGACGAGUAUCGCGGUCUAGAUUUUAUGCAGCCACUCGUCGAUGAGAUGGUUCAAACCGAGCCAGGGAAGCGGCCGACCAUACAGGAAGUCGUGUCUCGGUUUGAGCUGCUCAUGGGAUCGCUCAGCACAUGGCGCCUGCGGUCGCGGCUCGCUACGAGGAACGAGAACUGGCUCAUUCGAUCGAUUAGAGUGAUCGCGCAUGCUUUCCGGACUAUUUUCUACGUUCUCAUCUUCCGCCCUGCUCUUCCCAAGCCGUAG